CAUGACGCUCUCCCUCUGCGCUAGUUACGUAGCCCUGCGUAGCGACGUAACCACGUGUACUUCGCUGCUUCCAGGUUACAGCUUUUUUUCAUUCCACCGUCAUCCUCGCGCUCUAGCAUCACUCCCUGACAACAGCAGCGAUGGCGGAGCCCGUAGCAUCGGAUGCGGCGGCCACAACAGACGCAGCAGCCACGGCAGCAUCACCGACAUUGGGCCUCUCUCCCGCAGCCAGCCCGGGCUCAGAGCCUCUAUCCAUGGCUCUCUCACCCACGGCGGACGGCUCCCAGCGGCUGCUGUUCUCCCACGACCUGGUCUCCGGACGGUAUCGCGGCUCAGUCCGGUUUGGCCUCGUACGGAUGAUCCACGGCGAGGAGGAUUUUAACUCGGACUCGGACCUCGACGAUGGCGGAGGGAGAGGCGGCGGAGAAGGAGGUGGCGGCGGCGGCGGCGGAGGAGGAGGGGGUGGUGGAGGACGAGUCCCAUGUGGUUCGGACACUGAGAGUGCCGUGGACACUCCGAGUCGGCCUCUCGGUAGGGGAUUUGUCCGCGUCCAGUGGUACCCUGAAGGAGGAAAGCAGGACAUCAGGGAGACAAAGCUGAAGCUUGAAGAUCGAUCGAUCGUCAUUAGAGACAUCGUGCGACGGAAUAAUUCUAAUGACAACCAGUGUGGUAUUGUGACUAACAUCGACAUCGAGUGUGCCGUGAAGUUAGUGGGAACAAAUUGUGUACUGUAUCCAGUCAACAGCAAAGACCUGCAGCACAUCUGGUCUUUUAUGUACGGCGACUACAUAGCCUACGACUUCUGGCUGGGGAAAGUGUACGACCUGACCAAUCACAUCAUCCUCAAGCUUUCAAACGGAGCCAGGUGCUCCAUGAGUGUGGAAGACGGUGCCAAGCUUUACGACGUCUGUCCGCAUGUCAGUGAUUCGGGUCUCUUCUUUGACGAGGCGUACGGCUUUUAUCCAGGCCAGGUCCUCAUUGGUCCAGCCAAAGUCUUCUCUAAUGUACAGUGGCUGUCAGGGGUCAAACCUGUCCUCAGCAGGAAAUGCAAGUUCAGGGUGGUGGUGGAAGAGGUGAAGGUGGUGGAGCUGAAAGUGACGUGGAUCACGAAGAGCUACUCCCCCAAAGGCUCUGACAGCGUUUAUCCACCUCCCUCCACCAUCACACAGGAAAAUCUCUGCAGGGUGAGACGUCUGGGCUACUAUGACCACACCCAGAGGCAGCUGGGAGAGAGAGCCCUCUAUGUCUUCCCUGCUAAAGGCGAUGCCACACGGAUGACCUGCGAAGGACACGAGGGCGCCCCUGUUCUGCCCGAAGACCCUGUUGUUAGAAAGUUGAAAAGGCUGUUCAAGAAGGAUUCUGGGAAGAAGACGGAGAAUGCUGACUUGCAAGGUGAGCACAAAUCUGAGCAGACGGACUCGUCUCAUCCCAACAACAACGGCCCCGUUCCCAACCAGAACCCUCCGGAUUCCCAGAACACCAACGACUCCUCAGCUGAACACGGAGAGCAGGACGCCGACGACGAGGCUGCAGAAGACACUGACGAUACCAGCUCUCUGACGUCGUCUGCGAGCUCCACGGCGUCCUCUCAGAGCGGCGGUUUGGGGACAAAUCGCAAGAAGAGCAUCCCGCUGUCCAUCCGCAACCUGAAGAGGAAGCACAAGAAGAAGAGGACCAAGUUCUCACGGGAGUUUAAGCCUGGAGACCGGGUGGCAGUGGAAGUCGUAUCCACAAAGACAACGGCUGAUGUGAUGUGGAAGGACGGUCGGGUGGAGAAGGGGAUCCGAUCAAAUGACCUCAUCCCCAUUCAGCACCUCGAUAGCCACGAGUUUUGCCCCGGGGACUUCGUGGUAGACAAACGACCCCAAGCCCUGCAGGACCCAGGAGUGUACGGUGUGAUCCAGUCUGGUGAUCACAGGGGCAGAACAUGUGUUGUAAAGUGGAUCAAACUCAACUCCACCAGUGACGAUGUGGAGGUGAUCGGUGUGGAGGAGGAUGUCAGCGUGUACGACAUCGCUGAUCAUCCAGAUUUUCAUUUCCGCACCACUGAUAUCGUCAUUAGAAUAUGGAACUCGGAGAACGGACAAAAUGACUGUGAAAAUGAGACGUCAGUGGGCCAGGUGUUUAGGGUGGAUGUGAGCAGCAAAGUGGAGGUAGUGUGGGCAGACAACUCCAUGACCAUCGUCCUGCCUCAGUACCUCUAUAACGUGGAGUCUGAGAUCGAGGAGACGGACUACGACUCGGUGGAGGAAACGAGCAGCGUUUUGUCCACGGAGGAGUGGGAGGAUGAAAGCGACAGCUGGGAGACAGACAACGGCCUGACCACGGAGGACGACAGCCACAUCAACAAUGCAGACAUCACUGACACGGCGACCCCGACCCCCACACCCACCGGAUCUACAGCGUUCAUCAUCCCCCCACAGGAGGGCAGCAAAGCCGGGGUCAACAGCCCCACAAAAGGAGUCCCUGGAGAGGAAGGAGAGGCGUCUGUUUCUGUGGCCAGUCCUGCUUCUGGAGGAGGAACCACUCCAGGAGGAGCCGUCAACGGAGCGGAGAAGCCCAGUAAGGAUGGUGCUUCUCGGGGCUUCAGGGAGUUGAAAGAGGCCCUGAAGAUCCUGGAGAGCCUGAAGAACAUGACUGUGGAGCAGCUGUGGACCGGCGGCUCUCCGACCUCCCCGACAUCUGCUGAACCUGCGUCCACGACUAACGUAGCGAGUUCAGUGGCGCCAGCGGCCCCCGAAAAACCGACCAAGGAGAAACGCUUCCUGGACGACAUCAAGAAGCUGCAGGAGAAUCUGAGGAAGACGCUGGACAACGUGGCCAUCGUGGAGGAGGAGAAGAUGGAGGCUGUGGUGGAGGCAGUGGGGAGUGGAGGAGCAGGGACAGAGGCAGAGAGAGCUGGAGAGGAAAAGCCCCAGCAGGAGCCACUAACACCAGUAGGAGGACAAGAAUGGCCCAGUGACUUUCUCAGUGACACUCCAGUGCUGUGCCAGCAGAGUGGCGGCAAACCUGGUGUGACCUUUACGAGUGCCAAGGGAGAGGUGUUCUCAGUGCUGGAGUGGGCCCCAGAGACUCACUCAUUCAACAAGAUGGAGUUUCAGCCAGCGGAGGCAAAGAAGUUCUUCAGCACGGUGAGGAAGGAAAUGGCUCUGCUGGCAACGUCGCUGCCCGACGGCAUCAUGGUCAAAACGUUUGAGGACCGCAUGGACCUGUUUUCAGCUCUGAUCAAAGGACCGACUCGUACGCCCUACGAGGACGGUCUGUUCCUGUUUGACAUCCAGCUGCCCAACAUCUAUCCAGCUGUGCCGCCUCUGUUCCGCUACCUGUCGCAGUGCAGCGGCCGCCUCAAUCCCAACCUGUAUGACAACGGCAAGGUCUGCGUCAGCCUACUGGGCACCUGGAUUGGCAAGGGCACUGAGAGAUGGACCAGCAAGUCCAGCCUGCUGCAAGUCCUCAUCUCCAUACAAGGCCUUAUCCUCGUCAAUGAGCCUUACUACAACGAGGCCGGCUUCGACAGCGACCGAGGUCUUCAGGAAGGAUACGAGAACAGCCGCUGCUAUAAUGAGAUGGCUCUGAUCAAGAUGGUUCAGUCGAUGACGCAGCUCCUCCAGAACCCUGUUGAGGUCUUCAAGCAGGAGAUCCAGGAGCACUUCUCCUGUAACGGCUGGCGGCUCGUCCACCGUCUGGAGGCGUGGCUGGAGCUGAACGAGGCCGCAGAAAGAGGUCACGCAGCGCACUGCAGGGCCUACCACUCCAAGGACCGAUCCUCCUCUGUGGAGCCUUUGGACGAGCAGCUGCCUCUGGGCUCGGGGCCCAUGGCGGUGGCCCACAGCAGCCCCAGCAAGCCUGGGGAGGAGGGGGCCACAGGAGUUAGCAGUAUUAUGGAGGAGGACCUGGAGGAUUCAGGGCUGAGUCCGUCCACCACGGCAGCCUCUCAGCAGGAGCUGAGCCAGAACUCAGACUGCGACAGCGUGCAGGUCAGCACCUCUGUGGGCGGAGAGAACAGGGGCGGUUCUACAGCCGCCGGCUCUGUAGUCCGCAGUGGGACGUCAGAGUCGGGUUCUGCUGCCGUUAAUGCAGGAGGGGUAGGCGCAGGAAGCCAGCCAGUGGUGCGACCAAAGAAAAGAAGAAAGAGCUACCGGAGUUUCCUCCCUGAGGGCAGCGGCUACCCGGACAUCGGCUUUCCACUCUUCCCGCUUUCGAAGGGGUUUGUGAAGAGCGUUCGUGGUGUUCUGCUGCAGUACCGAGCUGCACUGGCUGCCGCUGGCAUCCCCGAGCACACUGAGGACAAGUAAGUGCCUCCUCACCGUUUCCCAACACACCACUGCACUGUCCCUGCUCCUUCCCUCCUUCUCUUCUACCUUUCCAUCUGCCUCAAGCCGUAGAGAGGGAUCCAUCACUAAUUGUCUGGGGGUGGGCUACACUUUUCAAUCUUUUGUGCCCCUGUCCAGAGCUGCACUGUGCUCCCAGCACUGCCCACAUUUUUAUCCUCCAUUUCUUAGUCUUUACUGCUCCUGCUGCCCUAAACUCCACAACAUUCUGCCUUUUUUCCCUCCAUAAUUCCUCUCGAUCAAACAGCGACCGCAGGCGAACAGCACCUUUGAUCAGGAGUGUGAGCGGGUUUGGAUGAUGAUGUCUUUGUUGUCCUUCAGUGUCCCUGCAGACGAGUGUGAUGAAUAAAGAGGAGGGUGAACCUCACACAGACCUGCAGGAGCAUCACUCACAGCAGAAACCCUCAUCUUUUCAUGGACGCAGGAAAAAGAUGGAGCUUUCUCUGGAGCUGCUCACAGUUCCUCAGACUUCGGUUGCGGCAGUGUGGAUGCAAAAAAUAAAAAAGAAGAGAAGGACUGAAUGAGAUCGAGAAUCAGUGCCAUGAACCCUCCUCCACCACCUCGUCAUCCAACUAACCUCCAGCAGCCUCCGCCGUCUGGGCAGAGGGUUUGCCGGAUGAACCACUCUGGCGUCUCAAUCGGCCUGAUAAAUGUAAAGCAGACUCGUCGGCGGCUCGGCUCCACUGAAAAACGGCGCAGCCCGGUUCCUCUGGCUGUCGGGUCGACUGCGGCUCUCUGUAGCACUACUGAUACUAUCGCUGUACCAUCCUGCACUACGACGAACAAACAAAAGGACAAUCUGGUCUGGGAGCGAUGACAUGAACACACCGACCAGGAGGACUUGUUUGUUUUUGUUGUUUUUUUUAAGUAGAAAUCACUGGUUAUAUGCUUUCUGCCAAAUUCUCUCUGUUCACACAAAUAGUCAACGUAGAACAGGCUGAAUGUCAGUAAAACUGCCAACCACAACAGCUUCACCACUUCUUCCACUAUACUUGCUGGUAUUUCCUUCGCCAAUCACUCGCACUGAACCACGCAGCAACAUCGAGUGACAAAGUUUACAUACGAAUCGCCUCCGGAGGUUCCACUGUUGUAGCUGUUUGGUGUGUAGAGAAGCUGGCCGGGCACAGGAGAACAGUCAGGUGGCCGUUUGUGAAGGAGUUCUAGUCGAAGCUUAACACCGCCUCCACAUACAGAAGUCCAUUCACUUUCUGUAGAAUUUAGCAAAGUCGCGCCCUUUGAGGUUGUUUAUACUCACACGGGCUGAACUGCAGGUUUUCUGAGCAGAGCUAACGGUGGAGGUGAACCCACACAUGACACAAUUUAAAGAGUAAAAUAGAAAAAAAAAAUCAUACAGCAUCCAUUCCGUCAUCUCAUGUCAACAUGUUGCCUUACUUGAAUUCUUCUUAAUGAUCUCAGACCAUUGUGUACAGAGCUGCUUGUGUCACGCUUCAGACAUUAACUCACACUAAAAACCACUAAAAUCCUGCUCCAGUGUUUCCCUCCUUCAUCCUUUUUUCAGUUCUUGAACACAGUAUGAAUCCGUUGCUGCUGCAUUCUGAUUUUUCCUUCAGAGUUCAACAACAUCUAAAUACAAACUGCAGCGAUUGUGACGCCGAUGAUGUAAUUGAUGUGAUGUUUUAGGUUUCUCCUGAUUUGAGCGACUUGCCCCGUCAAAGCGGCGACGAGAGAAAACAAACACAUUGAUCGGCUUCUUUUCUCUCAAUCUGGAUUCCUAAAAUAAUCAGGGUGUUAUUUACCAAGUUACCACGAAACUGUUGCUUUGCCACAGAUUGUGCUGUGAAACUCACCUUUGGGUCCAAUCGUGCUUCCUGGGGAAAUCGGCAGACUUUGUUUACAUCUUUUUAAAUAACUGCAUCUCCACCUCCGACUUAAUGUUCCUCUUUCUUUUCAGGAUAUUAUUAGAAUUCUAAUUGUACUCAUAAUUAUAACACGGGUCAGACGAACCCCUCUUGCUUGCUGUAAUCUAAAUAAGAGAGCGUUGGCUGCCUGGUGUUUGACUUGAACAAAGAACUUGAUGCUGAAGAGUGUUUCUGAAUGAGAGAAAGCACAGUGUGCCAUUGUGAACCCACGAAUGACAGAAGAUGAUGAAAAAAAUGUGAGCCAACAGCUGACCAAUGAGGGUAUUUUGCUUUGCAUCGUCUUCCAUAUUUUCCCCUCCGUGACUCUUCAAGCUGUCAUUCCUGUAUCAGAUGUGGCAAUCGGGCAUCCGUGAUGUUUUGUCCUCUUCUUUGUCAUAAUUUGCUGCCUUUAACGCUACAGAGGAGGACGUGUAGCUGUAGCACGUAGCCUUGUUUGCUUUCCUGUCUUCUCUUGUUUUCCUCACAUGCUGCUGUUUGAAUCGUGUCACGGUUCUUGGACGAGCGUUUUUUUUUCUCCCUUUUCACCUCGGCCUGUGGAAAUAAAAACUGAGGGCUUCUGUGUUUUUUGGUAAAAAUGCGCCUCCAGUCAGAGGUGAAAUUGCCACUUCAUCUUUCACCCUCUUCCUCGUUCGUCUACAGAUAAUGUGAAGCUAUCUCGCCAGAUCUCCGAGUAAAAAUCAGACAGGAAACCAAGCCCAUGAUGCUAUGUACAAUUUUCUGUGUAUGUGUGUAUAUUAUUGAGAUUUCAACCAUUAUUAUUAUUAUUAUUAUUGAUUAUUAUGAUUACUCCGAGAAGUUUGUUUUACAGCCAAAGCAUGUAACAUGUUGCUUUAAGCCUUCUGAAUGGGCUACACACAAGACUUGACUGUACGAUGUCUACAUUUCCACAGUGGCCUGUUAUUGAUAUAAUAUUAAAAAGAACUGAUAAAGUUAUCAUUUGUAGCCUGAUUCCCUCUGUACAGACAUCAUGACUAUAUUGAAUUAUAUGAAUACAUACAGUAUAUAUUUAACACAUACUUGAGUUCUAACGAGUCACGUGGAUGCUUGGGGCACAUAUGUACAAAAUGCUGAGUGUGUAAUUGUACUUUUGAUUUCAUUUUUUAAUGGUUUACUUUUGUUGCUUUGAGACAAACUGUAUAGUGAUGUAUUAAACUUUGCAAGCAGUA